AUGAAUUUUCCAAAAUAUGAUGGAAAUAUACAUCCAGUUGAAUGGGUAAAUGAUUUUCAAAAUCAUAUCAAUCUUAAAGAAAAACUGAAAGCAGAUGAUAAUAUAAAUUACGCUAUAUCAUUAGUAAAUGCUACAAUAAAACUUCCAACUGGAAUUGAUUCUUUUGAAAAACUUUGUGGUGAAACCUCAAAAUUUAUUUCUAAUUUUCGCCAAUUAUGUUAUAAUGCCGAAAUUAACGAUAUUGAUGAACAAAAGAAAUACCUAAUUCAAUCACUUCCUUCAAAUAAUUAUUUAUUUGAUGAACUUUCUAAAAGAAAAGAAAAAAUCAAUUCAACAAAUGUAUUAAUUAAAGAAUUUGAGGAAAUUGUUACAGAAGAAUCAAAUUUAAUUAGACAUGGAUCUAUUGUAGCUUUAAAACAUGUUGUUACAGGAAAAUAUUUAAGUUCAAUUAAGGAUUUAAAUUAUAAGACUGGAAGUGAGGUUCAAAUGGUGUUUGUAAAUGAUUUGUUUGAUUCGAAUGCUUUAUGGAAAAUCACAUUUAAAAGCGGAAAAGAAUUAGCAUCAUAUACCGAUAUUGCUAAUUUCAUGUGCUUAGAACACAAAAAUUCUGGUAAGACUUUAGGAAUUUAUAUACGUAGUAUAAAUGGUUAUAAAUUAUAUAAUGAUAUUAAAUCUCCAGUAACUUCGCACAAAGAAGUAAAUUGUAAUCGAAGUACAAACCAUAAUGUUCAAUGGAAGUUUAAAAAUAGUAAAUUAGAAAAUUAUCAAGGAUAUUUGAAAUCAAAUGAUACCAUUAAUCUUUGUAUAAAUAAUGUUAAAGAUCAACAAGUAUUUUUACGUAGUCAUGAUUUUCAAUUUACUAUUGGAAAUGAUACUUUUCAAGAAGUUGUCUGUCAUAACGAAAGACUAGGUGGCAGUGAUGAGUGGUGCUUAGAACUUAUUAAACAGAAAAAUAUGCCUUGA